AUGCAAGCAAAUGGUGAUGGAGAUGGAGGCCAGCCACAGCAGCCGGCCGGAAGUGGUGGCCCGAGUGCACCUGGGCCGGCCUUGCAGGAGCAGAUAGACAGAAUGGUCAGGCAGAGGCUGGAGCAGGCUUUCAACGGAGUGUUCGGGAGGCUGCUCCAGACAACGGAGAGGGCAGCCAGCCUGGCUGAGUCCCAGGCGGCAGCGGCGAAAGCCGACAAUAUCAUGAAGGCUGUCAAGGUUGAGACCUGGCGGCCGCAGAGCAGGGACGAGGAGCUACGCACAUGGAGGGAAUGGUGGUUUCAGUUCAGUACGUGGAUCAUUGCCAAUGACCAAGCCUAUGAACAGGACUUUGCCGAUAUCGAUCCGGACAAAGCUGUUGAGCACGCCUUCCUGCCGGACGCGCAGGCGAGCAAGAACGGGCUGGAAGCGAUCCAUGGAACCGAAAGAGAAGGCGAGAAGCCUGGCAAUGAUGAGGCACCUUGCUGG